UCUUCUAGUUAGGUCUGUUCUUGCCUAGGCCUCUACGACGGAAGUGUCUCUCUCUCUGUGUGUGUAUUUCGUUGGAGGAACUACUUUUUUCAAAUUAAAAAAAAAAAAAAAACAGUCACGUAAAUAGCAGGUAAAGACAGCACCAUGUCUACAGCACUGGAGAGCUAUAUCAACCGUACUGUUGCGAUUGUUACAUCUGAUGGGAGAAUGAUUGUGGGGACAUUAAAAGGAUUUGAUCAGACUAUUAAUCUAAUCCUGGAUGAGAGUCACGAACGAGUAUUCAGUUCUACUCAAGGAGUUGAACAAGUGGUGUUGGGAUUGUAUAUUGUUAGAGGAGAUAACGUGGCAGUAAUUGGAGAAAUUGAUGAAGAAACAGAUUCUGCUCUGGAUUUAGGAAACAUCCGUGCUGAACCCCUGAAUUCAGUUGUACACUGACAUCUUGAGUCAGAAUUAAGGACUUGUCAGAUUUAUUUUGUUCUGCAGAUGUUGUGGUUUGAGAAUCAAUUUAAAAAGACUCACUACUUUUUUGGGACUGUUUAGUGAGGUUAUUUUUUUAUACACACACACACAUUUGAUGGAGAUUGAGUUUGUAUUUGUUACUCAUUUUAUGCCAGCAUGGUCUGAAGGAUGAAAUCUUAUCUACUUUUAAAUUAUUAUCCAUGUAAUAAUCUUUAUCUGGUUACAGAAAUGUGCAAACAAUCUAUAUGUAAGGAGUAAUGAGUAGCAGCUCUCAUUUUAGCAAUAUCUUCUUCAAAAUCACGUGGCCAUGGAAAAAGCCAAUAGAUCAUCUGCAUUGUUGAUGUUCUUUGUUAGUUGUAACACUGCAGUAGAUUUAUUAUUUGGGCUACUCGGCUAUUUAUUUCACCAACAUUUAUAAUUAAAGUACCCUGUUUUUUUAUA